AGCGCGGCAUCGGAGGCAGUCUGUCUGUCAUUUUCAAGUUUUGGUGCAGUGUUUUAAAUCGAAUUUAUUCCAAAAACUUGUAACAAGUGUUGUGAUUUAAGAGAACACACCAUGAGCCAAGCCGUAGCCGAACCGCCGAAGGAGCGGUACAUUCCCAAUGGACUCAAGUUCGCCUUCGGUGGCCUUGCAGGCAUGGCUGCCACCUGUGUAGUCCAGCCUUUAGAUCUCAUCAAAACCCGGAUGCAGCUGAGCGGAGGCGGGCGUUCCUCGUUCACCGUGGCCGGAGAGAUUGUCGCCAGAGAAGGCUUUGUGGCUCUCUACACCGGCCUCUCCGCUGGUCUGUUGCGACAGGCUACAUACACUACUACCAGGCUUGGAGUGUAUAAUAUACUCUUCGACACAUAUAAAGAACGAAACGCCGGCGCCGCCCCUGGUUUCGGCAUGAAGACCCUCUUGGGUGUCGCUGCGGGCUCCAUAGGCGCCUUCGUGGGCACCCCGGCCGAGGUGGCCCUCAUUCGCAUGACGGCCGAUGGCCGCCUGCCCGCUGACCAGCGAAGGAAUUAUAAGAAUGUGGCUGACGCCCUCAUCAGGAUAGUGCGCGAAGAAGGAGUGCUAAAGUUGUGGCGCGGCGCCACGCCCACCGUCGGCCGAGCCAUGGUCGUCAACGCAGCCCAGCUCAGCACAUACUCACAGGCGCGCGAGGUGUUCAUAGGCUACGUACCCGACGGCAUCACUCUGCACUUCUGCGCGUCCAUGGUGUCCGGGCUGGUCACCACCAUCGCCUCCAUGCCGGUCGACAUCAUCAAAACUAGGAUCCAAAACGCGGCCAAGGGUGAGAGCCAGUUGUCGGUGGUGUCCAACCUGCUGAGGAGCGAGGGUGUGCUGUCGCUGUGGAAGGGCUUCCUGCCGUACUACGCGCGGCUCGGGCCUCACACCGUGCUCACCUUCAUCUUCCUCGAGCAGAUGAACGCCGCAUACUUCAACUACAUGUAGGGACUAU